AUGGUGGGCACGCCACCCCCGGGAAAUCAAGCCGUGCUCGAUACACAGACGCUGACGGACCAGCUCAGACAGCUCCAGGUCCAACAGCAGCAGAUCCUGGCCAGCAACCAGGCCAUGACGAAUCGCUGCAAGCUACCCGAUUUCUGGGAUUUCUCGCCGGAAACCUGGUUCGUCCAGGUCGAAUCGCUCUUCGACUGCUACAACGUGCAGGACGACUCGAGGCGCUACAACCUCGUCGUGGCUGCGCUCAAGCCCGACGUCCUCAAGGAGCUGCUUGACGUCACCAGCAACCCGCCCACGGAUGGCAAGUACGCCCUCAUCAAGGCGAGGAUCGUCGAACGCUUCGCAAAGACGACCGACGAACGGCUGCGCAUGCUGUUCAGCGGCAUCAACACAGCGGGUAAGAAACCCUCUCAGCUCCUCUGGGAGAUGCGCACGCUCGCGGGGGCGAACAUGGCCGACAGCGCUCUCAAGGUCAAGUGGCUCGACCUUCUGCCCGGGAGCUCCCUUGCCGUGUUGAGCGUACUAGAUGGCACCACCUUGGACGAGAUCGCCAAGGCGGCUGACCGCAUGUUCGACCUCGUGCCGGUCUCACAAGCCGCGGCAACGACGACGUCACUCUCCGUGGCCGCACUCCACCCGUCGAGCUCACGCAACAACUCACCACACCGCUCGGACUCCAGCUUGGCCAAGGAGAUGGCCAACAUCACGGCUGUCAUGACGCAGCUGCUUGCAACAACCAAGCUGGUCCUGGAUGCAAUAGCACAGCGGCCCAACAGUGGACGAGGUCGUAGCCGCAGCCGAGGAGGUCCCAGCAGCCGAGGCCAGUCCCCAGCGUCCCAGAGUGGGUACUGUUAUUACCACCAGCGCUUCGGGGCCGAAGCGGUCAAGUGCACCAGCUCCUGCACUUUCCAAAAAAACUAG